AUGACUACACGACAGUAUAAUGCAUCAAAAGACCGAGAUCGAGAUCGGGAUCUCUUAGGUCAAUUUCCUCGCUCUUAUUUCUCCUAUCUUGUUCCAUCCAGCAGGUCUGGAUCGAAAAGACGAAAGAACAACUCUCCAGUCUCAAGUCUAAAAAGCUCCAUCGGACCAGAGCCCACGAUAAAAGAAGAAGCACCAACUGCUUGGAUUCCUAGCUGGGUGCCAUAUACAUUCACCCACAUUUUUCUGGCAAUUUUGAGCUUGAGUUCCCUUGCUCUCUGCUUGAUUACGUUUCUAUUGUGGUGGAUUUCCUCGACGCACUAUGGUCUGGGACCAGAUAAUGGCUCUUCAGCCAUGUUAUUUGGCUGGCGUUAUAGCCCCACUAUGAUAGCGGUGAUAUACGUCCAGAUGACUGCAGUGCUAUUCGAAGAUGUGAAACGAACUGAACCUUUUGCUCGCCUGGCGCGGCCGGAGGGAUCAUCUGCACCAACAAGUAUUCUUAAGACACCUGGAGCUUGGUGGAACGCGCUAUACGAUGGAUUCGCCAAAAAGAAGAACGGAAGGCGCAGCUGGGUAUUGGUCUGCGCUACAUUGGUCAACAUCCUUGGCUUCAUGGGAAUUUCAUCUCUCUCAUCUGCCUAUCUAUUCUCAGAUGAUGUUGUUGUUCCAAAGUCAACUGAUUUUCUCACGCUAUCACCUGCAUUCAACUCUCCAUUACCUAUAGAUGCUGAUCGAGCGACACAUUUUCGAACAAUUGCCAAUCUUUUACAGAAUGUAUCCACUUCACCUUGGAUCACGGAUGAAUAUACGAUCUUGCCCUUUUGGCCUUCCAGUCUUCAGGAUGCCCCAAUUACUUCAUUACCAUCAACAUCUUCUCAAACAUGGAGGGCAGACACAGUGAUGUUCAAGUCAGAGCUGACAUGCACUCCAAUGUCGAUCCAAUCUCAAGCCAACGAGACCAUCCAAUAUACAAAAGGCGUGGUAAAAGUACCCUCUAUCUCCAUCGUAUGGGAGUCAUCAGAUGGCUGUGAAUAUGGUUUAGCAGCAGACACAGAUUUCUUCAAUAUGGGAGGUGGCAGUUGGUCUGAUGUCUCAACAUUCUACUACGCAGAAAUGGCAGUUGAAAGUGGUGUUAAUACAGUAUUCAGCACCAAUCAUACGAAACAAUGCGAUGGUAAAGAGAUCAUAAUCGUGACCGAUUCGUGGGAAUCUGCGGACGCGAAGUAUGGAGCUCAGCUGUGCGAUACAAGCUAUUACAUGGCCAAUGUCACAACUACUAUCGCGCUCACUGGGGAUGACCCUGUAAUAUCCUUCAACGAAACUGAGUUUGAGAAAAACAAAGUUACUAUCCCAGAUAUUCUGCUCAACACCACUGAAUUUCGAUCAAUGAUGCUUGACUCGGAUUGGCCAACUUAUAUGAUCUCCAUACUAUGGUCGCAGACAGCAAUGAUGGGUGGGCCAACCAUUUUAUUAGGCGCUCUCUAUGACUACAACAUGACAGCCUUGGUCAAUGAUCCAGAUUGGGUUUCUUCCGCCGCAAAAGCACAACAGAGAUAUUUUGGAGAGGUGCUUCAGGCCGCUCUGACUCAACAAGGCGCGUCCCAAAAGAUCACUAUGGAAGGUGUGGUUCGCGAUGUGAAAUCUAGAGUUGUGGUUCAGCCGGGUGCUGCCAUUGCAUUAGGAAUCCUCUUUGCCAUCUCGUUCUUCCUUGUACUUUUUGUCUGGUGGUCUACACAGCUACAACGUAGACCUCUCAAUCUAAACAGAGACCCAGCCACCACAAUUGGAACGGCUUGUCUCAUAUCUGAUAACCCACUCGUCAGAUCAGCAUUUCAAUCAUUCAAACAGCCCUCCCAGAAAGACAUGGAUGAAGCCCUUGGCGACGAAUGGUUCUGCACCGAUUCAUAUGGACUUUGCCGACUCCAUACUGACAAUCCAAUCGAACACAACACGAGGAUGUCUGAGAAUGGUACUCCCAUGCUCCUCCGUCUUCCAGCCAUACUAGGUCUGAUCACAAUUCUUGCUGUCGUCAUUUCCGGCAUCAUUGUGCUGUACCAUUUUGCAGAAGGUGCUGGGCUAUACGAGAAGGCAUUUGUAUACCAGGUUCAAGUGUCUCUAUUCAACAGUGGUGUUUCAUCUGUUGCUCCAUUCUCAAUGAUUCCAACUCUCAUAGCUACUGGAAUUGGUCUAUGGUGGGGUGCUAUCGAUGACAAUUUUCGACGUCUCACACCAUUUCUAGAAAUGUCGAGGGAAAAUCCACAACUGUCUCGUGGGGCUGCAUUAUCAUACCAAUCUUCCUUCUGGCUCUGGGCUUGUAUGAAAGCAGCAUUUAACAAGCAUUGGCUACUUUCAAUUCUCACUUUUGGAAGUUCGCUUUCUCCAAUAUUCACAACUUCCAUGUCGGCUCUCUUCGAUCGCAGCCCUGGAGAUGUGACAAAAUCAAUUACCUUCAAUAAAACACUGGAGAUUCGGGAUAUCCCUCUUGUGUUUAGUACCUCGCAAUCCCUCUACCCCGGAAGCUCAGACGACUACGCAGGUGCCAUCCUUGCCGAAUUAUACACGAAUCUCUCAUCUCACUGGAUGUACACAGCUGCUAUCCAGUUAACGCUAAACGGUUCCGAGCCUUCCUGGAGCAAGGAUGGGUGGAGUUUUGUACCAGUUGAGCUGAACGAUCUCGAUCGGGUCGAUCUACCAAAUAAUCUCGACGAAUCCGACCAGACACUUGAUGGACCAACAUCCAACAUCUCAUUUACAACACCAGCAAUCCGAGGCCGCAUCGAAUGCUCCGAAUACCCAGCUACCACUUUAACCAAUCUCUCAAUCUGGCUCACACCCACAGCUCUAACCAACCACACAAUCUGGAACGCAAGCACAAUCCCGCACAAUCUCGAAGGCGGAUAUCAACUCGGCGCGGUAUACAGUGAACUCCCCAGCGCAGUUCUCCCAAUCACAUCCUCUGAGAAUAUAACCACCUGUCCAAACUGCACAACUAUCUUCGUCAAUCCCGCUGAAAUAAUCUGCUGCGGUAACGGAAGCAGUAGUUCAUGGGAUCCCAGCAUAGCAGUCGGAUACUGGUCCCCAAACACCGACCCAGCAACAUGGACAGUACGCAAUUGGCAACGGAAUUUCACCGCAAAGUGGUUUCACGGAAAUGCAGUAACGGGAAUCAAGCGAAACGAAAAUGAGAAUGGAUACUACGAUGCCGAUCUGCUUUUUCCCAAGGUGCCGUCUGUCACAAUGAUGAAUUGUAGACCGCUGAUCGAAGCUGCUGAAGCAUCUAUCACCGUGAACCCAGAUAAUGGGGAGAUCCAAAGCUACAAUAUCACGAGCACGCCAUCCGAGCUGACAGAGGCAUUUUCGGAUAACUUCUUACCGCAUAACCAGACGAGCUUUAGUCAGGAGACUGGUAUUGUAUACUACAAUGUAACAUUGAGCUACGGCCGACUCUUCAUGGCAUCAAUGUUAACAGCGGCGGACACACUGCACCUCGGCGGAGCCUCACACGUAGGCGGAUACAGCACAGAAGAUCUGGAUGACAACACCUACAACAUCCGGGACACCAUAAACGGACUAAACAUGGACUUCAUGAGCUAUUCCAUGUACAUGCAAGCGAACAAAGAUCCCACCGCUCUUCUCAACCCAACAAGAUUUACAACUCUAGCCGAGAAAACGUUCUCAACUUUUUUCCAGCAUUUCGCUAGUAAUGACGUUUCUCUUCUUACAGGUGGAUGGACAUACCAGGAAAUCAACGCCAGUUUACCUACUACACUUGGACCAGCACUGGUACUUGGGGAAGAUGGGUUACCUAGUGAUAAGGUGACAAGUUACCAGGAUACUAUGCAUCCGAUCUCUCAUACAAACCGAACAGUCUCCGCAGAGAUAUCUCAACGCGUCGAGCUACUACAGAUGAAUACUGUUGCUGUUUGGUUAAGUGUUAGUAUAAUGAUCUGGUUAAUUUUCACAACGAUCAUCGUCGCAAUACUUCAACGACGGUAUUUUGGAAGUUUAGUUCGGAACGUAGAAUGUCUCGGUGACAUUCUAGUUCUUAUUGCAGGAAGUGCAAAUUUCCUACAAGUGGUGCGAGAGAUUGAGUCAGGGAAAUUGGUUGAGGGUGCAUAUGAGAAUCUAAGGACAAGGUUGGGGUGGUUUGUUGAUGAGGAUGGAGGAUUAAGGUGGGGAAUUGAGAUGGAGGAGAGGUAUAGAGAUGGGCCUGGAGUACAUUGGGUUUCUGAGCCUGAGUAUUUGAAGGAAAAGGGGGGAGUUUGGAAUAUAAGGGAUGGAGAGGAGAAUUUAUAG